AUGUCCCGCCGCGGGGGUGGUGGUGCAAAAGGCAGGAAGCCACCUGGCACAGAAUUCACUUGGGAUGCCGACCCUGGCGGGGAGCCAGACACAGCUCCCCAGCCUUUAUACCCUAAAUAUACCGUGCCGUUUGCGCGCAAGUUGAGCAAGACGGAACAAACUCAGGUCGACUAUUACCGGCACCUGCGCGAAAGCUACCAUGACGGUCCUUUUUACUCCGUGCUGGAUGCUGCCUCUUCUUCGGCUAAGAAAGGCAGUGCUGCACGUGCCAACUUUGACCCAUUCCAUGGCAUGCCCACCUACUCUGGUCGUUAUCAACGGAAGCGGCGCACUCUUCCCAAGAUUGCUGGACGUGAUUAUGUCUUGAAAUUCUUCCCCCGCGACCUCUGGAAAAUCCUCCAGCCCAGCUUCCGACCUGACGCGGUAAUGGACGGUUACCAGACCCAAACAGGAACUGGAGUCAAGCGUGGCUUCGAAGAUGAGGAGGACGAAGCUGAGGGCGGACCGUCGAAGCGCAAGGCCACCGGCGAUGAUGACGAUGAAGAGGCCGAGGGAGACAUGGAUGAGAACGUUCUGCUUGAUGAAGAUGAAGAGCAGGAUGCAGAGGAGAUGGAUGAUGAUUUCUCCGAGGAUGAUGACGAGAUGGGCGGCGAUUACAACGCCGAGCAGUACUUCGACGACGGUGGAGAUGAUAUGGGCGAUGACGGCUUCGGCGAUGGUGGUGGAGGAGGUGGUGAUGAAGAUACCUACUGA